GCAUCGCGUCCAUCGCUUCGUCUUGUUGCCUCCAAACGACGAAAGUGCGCACUCCGCGCCAUGUGUCGGGCAGCGACCGCGGCUUGCAGAAAAUGUGGCUGUUGAUCUUCGCCACCAUGACUGUAACCUACACUGCGGAGGUGGCGACGUCCAGCGGGCUGGGAUGUUUCCCUAAACUUCUCUUUAGGUGGAGGGGUAGUAUUUACAAGCUGCUGUGGCCGAACCUUGUUCUGUAUUCCAUCCUUUACUUCAGCCUCAGUCUGUACUACCGAUGGUUCGAGCGACUGUCGAUCCACUGCCAAACGUACGGCAACCUCAUCCCCGUGUCGUUCGUCCUCGGCUUCUACGUGUCGCUCGUCAUCAAGCGAUGGUGGGACCAGUACGUCAGCAUCCCGUGGCCCGACAACCUGGCCGUCUUCGUCAGCGCCCUGGUGCACGGCCAGGACGAGCGCGGCCGGCUGAUGCGGCGCACCGUGAUGCGCUACGUGAACCUCUCCCUCGUGCUGACGCUGCGCAUGGUCAGCCCGCGCGUCAAGAUGCGCUUCCCCACCAUGGAGCACCUCGUGGAGGCCGGCUUCCUGCAGCCCACCGAGAUGAAGAUCUUCGGCGACCUGGAGCGCAAGACGAACCACCCCAAGUACUGGCUGCCGCUGGUGUGGGCGAGCGGCGUGCUGACGCGCGCGCGCAAGGAGAACCGCAUCACCAACGACUUCUCCCUCAAGACCCUCAUCGACGAGCUCAACAUUUUCCGCACGGGCUGCGGCAAGCUGCUCAGCUACGACUGGAUCAGCAUACCCCUCGUCUACACGCAGGUUGUGACGCUGGCGGUGCACGUGUACUUCAUGGCCACCUUGAUGGGCAACCAGUACCUGGACGUCAGCAAGGGCUACCCGAAGCACCAGAUCGACUUAGUCGUGCCCUUCUUUACGUUCCUGGAGUUCUUUUUCUACAUGGGCUGGCUCAAGGUGGCCGAGUCCCUGGUCAACCCGUUCGGGGAGGAUGACGACGACUUCGAAGUGAUGUGGCUCAUCGACCGAAACCUUCAGAUGUCGUACGUGAUCGUGGACGAGAUGCACGAGGAGCACCCCGAGAUGCUGCGCGACGCCUACUGGGACGAGGUGUUCCCCGCCGAGCUGCCGUACACCGCCGCCACCAAGCAGUUCCAGACGGAGCCGCCGCAGGGCUCCACCAAGAACGUGGAGGUGCCGAUGCACAUGGCGGACUUCGUCAAGGACGCGGCGCUGUUUUCCGGUGCGGUGGCGGGCCCGCAUGCCCUCAGCCCGUACCCGGAGGGCUCGGCCGGCGCGGAGGAGAAUGCGCAUCUCAACACGGCGCCCUGGCAGACCGGCCAGCAGACCCUGCAGGACUGCCCGCCGCGGCGUAGCGCCCUGGUCGCGCGGUUCAUCUCCGCCGUAGAGGCCGCGGAGCUGCGCGACGUGGAGGCCACCGUGGGCCAGGACGCCAGACCUGGCGGCUGCUCCUCUCCGGAGGAUUUCAUCACCAUCCUGGCGCCCGCCGCCGUCAGCGAGGACGCGCCCUCCCCGGUGCUGCCCUCUGACGGGGACGUCGCGCUGCCGCUGCCUGACAUCGCCCCCGAGAUGGAGUCGCCCUGCGACGCGGCCUUGCCGGCCUUGCCGCCGGCGUUCACGGUGCGGCACUUGAAGCGUUUGGAGGCCGCGGACGGCGCUGCACUGGGCUCCGUGCGGCGGGGCUUUGCGCAGCUGGAGCCCAUCCUGGAGCACGUGGAGGAGCACGCCUCGGGCUCGUGCCCCGCCUCCGCCCCCGGUUCUGCCCCCGGGUCCGCCCCCGGGUCCGCCCCCGGGUCCGCCCCCGGGUCCGCCCCCGGGUCCGCCCCCGGGUCCGCCCCCGAAUCGCCGUCCGGGUGCGGAUCUGCCACCGAGACGGCCGCCCCCACGGCGACCUCGUCGGCCUCCGCGACGCCGACGGGCGGUCCGGGUGCCGACACCAGCCGCACCCUCGUUGCCGUGGACAUGGACGCGUAG